AUGUUAAGGACCUCAGUUGUGGAGGCGGCUGCCCAGAGUUAUGGCCAGAAGGUCAUUGGUGCCUGUCAGGGUGGUAACCUGAGAACCUGCUGGUGGACAACAGCGGUGAAGGAGGCCAUCAAGCUGAAGAAGGAAGGCUGGCCCAGGGGUCUUCUGAAGCAGCAGAGGAGUACCAACAGGACAAAAAAGCUCAGCUCAGGUGUGGAUGAGAUUCACCCUGAGAUGCUGAAGGCCCUGGACAUUGUUUGGUUGCCAUGGCUGACAUGCCUCUUCAAUGUCACAUGGAGGAUGGGGACAGUGGCCGUGGACUUGCAGACUGAGAUGAUGGUUCCCAUUUUUCAAAAACAGGGACCAGAGGAUUGCCAUGUGUGCCCACCUGGUUGGACUCAGUUUGAGAAUCAUUGUUACGUGUUCGGCCACGUUGAAAAGGACUGGGCUGAUGCAGAGCAUGCAUGCACUCUCAGCGGUGGGAAUCUUGCUUCAAUCCCCAACACAAAAGUGUACAACUUCAUCAGAGAUAUCAUUCAUAGAUUAACUGGCAAACAUACAGUAGCUUGGGUUGGAGGCUACGAUGCAACAAAGGAGGGUGUGUGGCUGUGGAGCGAUGGCAGCAAGUUUGACUUCAAAGGCUGGUCUAGCGGAGAGCCUAACAAUGCUGGUGGUCAUGAGAAUUGCUUGGAGAUCAACUUCAGAGAAAAAGACUUGGUCAACGAUGUAAACUGUGGCUUGAAGAGGUCUUUUGUGUGUGCCAAGAGCCUGUGA